UACAUCGGGACUCACUUUAGUGCCUCGUUGAGAUUUCUGCUGUUGUUUACUCGUCUGCAGGGUCUACAGUAGGAUAGUCCUGCUCACGUGUUCUGUCUGUUUGGUGCACUGCAGCUUUAAUGCUGUGGACGCUGGGUGGGGAGAACACGUGGAUUCACAAACCGGCGUUUUGAGGAGCUGCCGGACUUAGCGAGGAAUUGAGAAUAUGGACCUCCCCGAUGACAACUCCAGGUACAAAGACGUUGACUACUGGGAUGAAAGAUACAAGACGGAGCAGUGUUAUGACUGGCUGGGCAGCGUUUCUAAAUUCAAGCACCUUCUGGAAAAACAUGUCCAGAAAGAAGACUCUAUUCUGAUACUUGGUUGUGGGAACAGCAGCAUGAGCGGCGACAUGUACAGUGCCGGCUAUCACUCCAUCACCAACAUAGACUACUCCUCUGUGUGCAUCAGUACAAUGAGCGCCAGGCACAGUGACUGCCCGGGUAUGACCUGGCAUCAGAUGGACAUACGCCAGCUCUCCUUCCCCGAUGCGUCUUUCGAUGUCAUCCUAGAGAAAGCCACGGUGGAUGCCCUCAUGGUGGAAGAGAAGUCACCUUGGAAGCUGUCGCUGCACACUGCCUGUUUCCUGCACCAAGCACUCACAGAGAUUAGCCGCUGCCUGAAGCCUGGAGGACGGUUUGUCUCUGUGACCUUCGCCCAACCCUUCUUCAGGAAACGCCUCUAUGCUCGCACUGAGUACAACUGGUCCAUCAAAAAUUACAGUUAUGGAGAAGGCUUUGAGUAUUUUGUGCUUGUAAUGACCAAAGGAGAAGAGCUUAGCCCAGAGGAUGCAGCUCUGGAGAAAGAGGUACUGGAAGACACAAAAUCACCAGCCACCGAGGUCGCCACAACACAAGAUGAGGAUGAUAUAAAAGAAGACUUCCUGUCUUAUAUUAACGUAAUAUAAUACGUUAAUAUAACGUAUAUUAUACAUUAUAUUUCUAAGAAUUCAAGGAAUUCUUAGGAAUAUAUUAACUCUGACAUUUAUAAGUUAGUUUUAUACUGAGAUAAUGACCUCCGAAAUUUGAACUUUUCCACCCUAACAUACAAACAAAAACUUUUAAACUUUAAAAACUCUAUUGCUCCAAAUUACUUUUUACUGUUAUAACUUUUAAUUUGUUAGAAUAAACCACUAUGUACUUUUUUAUCAUGAUCUAUAUCACAGGUUUUCUACAGCAAAAUUUAAGUUUUGAGACUUUUUAAAUGCCACUCAGAAUUAAAUUUAAUGCCAAACAUGAACCAUUAUCAAUUACUUAAGUUUGGCACCACCUUUACCCAAAUGUUUAUCAUAACAUAAAACUCUGUCUCCCGCCUGAGACAAGGUGAGAACAAAUCAGGGGAAAUACAUGCCGUUAACUGGGGAUUGGGUCACUCUGCAUGUUGGUUUUCACUGCCUUGAUUCCCAUCGUGCCAAGUUUGAAAAACUUUUUCAUAAAUUACAGCGUGCCUCAUACGCUUUGCCUUGUACCUGUUUCAGGCCAUGGAGUUUUCUGUCAGAAAACAACAAUUCAUAGAACCCUACUCUCCAUAUCUUUUCAUUUUUAAGACUUUUCAAAUAUUCAUUUAAGACUUUAUACCAAUUUUGGCCUUACUUUAUAUUAAGAAAAUAAUGCCUUGUAAGAAUUUCUAAAGAUCUGCAGAAACCCAGAUAUCAUUCUCUGUCAUGAAAGGCGAUUUAUAUCGGGUUAAAUAUCCUGUAAAUUCAAAUAAGAACACAGCUUGGCAGUAAUAGUUGCCAGGAUGAAAUUGCCAACCAUUUUCAGAAAUUGGCAACCAAUUUUUGUCUGUACGUAUUCACUUGUACAGACUUUUUACAACAUUUAAAUAGGCAAAAACGUUGUCUAAUCAUGGGGAGAACUGGCCACAUAAAAGAAAUUACCAAUGAAACAAAAGCUAUUAAAUUAAAAAAAAUAAACUAAUAUUUUCAAAGGGAAUGUAGAUUCUGGCACAUGUUGAGUGUAAGGGUUUAGACAAAAACAUCAUGGUUUGAAUUAAAAUAAGUAUGUUUGUAACAUAAUGCAUCACUAGAAUACUAUGCAUCACAUACUAGCACACUGUGUUUUUAACAAAAUAAUUCAGCUUACUUUUGGUUUUACACCUGACUUAAACAGUAGUCUCUCAGGUGAAAGUCCGGAGUUUGUUUGACCCAUCCAGUUUCCCCUCCCACUCACUAUAUGUGUACUUUCUAGCUCCUAAAUACCACAGUAGUGGCUCAGAGUAUCAAAAAUGCUGCUGCCUGCGUCUAAUACUGCUGCUCAAGGAUUGCUCUGCCCAAAGUAUCUGUUGUCAAGAUCUACUGAUCAAUUGCUGGCAGUUUAGGAGUUGAAAACCAGGUUGUGGAACCAUCCUAUAAGCCCAGUGUUUCUGACAACUAGUCAUCUACGUGUAUGAAAAUGCAUAGACUACCCAAACUGACCUUGGCCCGUUCCCCGCCACUUAUCUCUUCAUGUCACAACAGAUACAGAAAAGCUAACCUCCAAAAUACAGGGCACCAUCAAUCAAUCUUUUGCUUGAAGUCUCCUCUUUUAUAGUGUCCCUGUUGUCAAUCAGGUUACCCUUACAUAAACAUAAACAACAUAAACAUUGAUUUCUGUAUAUUCUUAUGUUUUUAUUGUUUAUACAGUCAGUUUAAUUGUGAUUUGCUAUGGGAUGAUCUAUUGUCAUGUUAACCAUGACUCAUGUUUCUGUCUGUCAUAAUUCUCCAAAGCUGCUACUAUCAGCUUCUGUUCCAGCACAGUUCAUAAUGGAAACUUUUAUCUUUUAUAAACCAAUUUCACAUCCCAGUGUCCUUAACUGUUCUGUCUGCCUGUAAAUCAGAAAGAUUCAACAGCCUCUGGCUCUGUGGUGCAGCACAAGACUGCCAGUGUUACGCAAUUUGCAAGACAAACUGGCAUGUCUAGACACGGUACAUAACGGCAGCACCGGCCUGCAUGUAAAGUCGGUGUUAAAGUCUAUUAAUAUGUCAGUCAGAGUCUCCACUUCUGUUGGGGUUGUCUGCGUCCGUCCCAUGUCUGCUUUAGAUUCCAGACAAAAGCUGCUAAUGGAGAUAUGCAGUGUGUUACACACCUGUCAAGAACGCGGUGUGGGCACAUGCACAUACAUAGAAGAAGCCCACCCCUGCGUGUUAUUUGUAGAGGAAACAUGAGACGAUUCUGGUCCUGAGCUCUCUGCUGCUUAAAUUUAGACUUGAAGGAGAGCGAGAGAGCGAGCCAGGCAUGCAGACAGGCAGCGAGGCUGGUGACUGGAGGGGGGACCACAUUGAUAAAGUAGAAAUCAUUUAUUUUUAAUUCUCCACUGAGAUCUAAUUACAGCCUAUUUUUAAGACUUGGAAAAAAAGGUGUGUGAUUUUUCAGAUGGCUCAUCUUUCCUUCUACGAUUUUCUGCCGGAGUAACGUUGUAGUUUGUUUCACUUUUCUUUAGCUAGACCACAAGAUCUACUUAGUAAGUGCUGUAGCUUUUGAUCGUGUCACACAGUCUCCCUUAGCAAUCACACAUUGGUUUAUGGACUCCUGCUUUGAAGCCUAAAGUUUGGCAUUUUGGCCGCAGCAAUCUUGGUUUUCUUGAAUUAGAUGGGACCUGAGGUGACCGCAAUUGGAUGAGAAGUUGGACCUGGGGAGGAGCAAGGGGUCGAUCCGAACAUGGCAUGUCUCCUAGACUAGAUGCCUGCAGAGCUGCAGACCACCGUUCGAGACCAACAAACAGUGCUGAUUGUUUUUAGCAAAUCAUUACUGUGUUUCCAACAGCUCUUCUUGUAUGCUGAGCUUAACUGCCAGUCAGAGGUAUUUCAUUCACAAAUGGGCUUCGCUGUCUCCAAAUUAACAUGUUGAAUCUCCCAAGGAAAAAAAAAAAAGCCACCGAUGGCUGAUGGGGGCCAAUGGUGUGGGACACACUGCCAAAACAAAGUUGACAGACGCCUACUGACAUCCUGACAUCGACCAAUGAAUGACCGUUGGCUCAGUGUGUCAGGGCCCUGAGCACAUCAAGUAUGUAGUUUUGU